AGCAUCUGCACAUCCGUGUCUGUGUGUUUUAUGCUCCUGAGAUCUCGAAGCUCUCGUCCAAGGGUUUUUUUUCUGCACAUGUUUUUGAUUUAAGAAUUAUCUAACAAACAGGACUCAAGUUAUCUAUGGCAUUCACAACAGUACGGACAGGGGUCAUGGACACUUGCUCCAAUCAGACUGCUCGAAAUCAUUCAUCAGAUGGCUGUUCACUUGAAAGCCCCGUGAUGACGACAGUGUUUCCAAUUCUCUACAGCGUUCUUUUUAUCCUCAGCCUGUCUCUGAACGGCCUGGCAGCAUGGGUCUUCCUCAGGAUCCCCAGCAAAUCUCACUUUAUCAUCUACUUAAAGAACAUCGUUGUGGCCGAUAUUAUCAUGACUCUCACUUUCCCUUUUAAGAUCCUCAGCGACUCAAACGUAACAUUCGAAGGGAUCCAUGUCUUCACAUGUCGCAUGUCAUACGUGCUCUUCUACCUCACUAUGUACAUCAGCAUUCUGUUUUUUGGCCUGAUAAGCAUUGAUCGCUGUAGAAAGACCAUGUGGCCUUCUGCCGGCACCAGCCAGAGACGCCUGCUGCACAGAAAGCUCCUCUCAGGCUUCAUAUGGACCUUGCUCGUGGCUCUUUGCCUACCAAACAUUAUUUUGACUAGUCUUACAAACACUUCUGGUCGCUUUAACUGCACUGACCUGAAGACACCGAUGGGACUAGUAUGGCAUGAGGUGGUCAUACUUAUUUUCCAGGUGAUCUUUUGGGGAAACCUGAUAGUUGUGAUAAUAUGUUAUGUUCUCAUCUCUAAAGAGCUUUACAAGUCUUACGCUCGAACGAGAUCUCAAAAUGCAGUGAGCCAGGGACAGCAGAAGAAAUCCAAUAUACAUGCUAACAUCUUCCUUGUAUUGGCCGUCUUCAUCAUUUGCUUUGUACCUUACCAUUUUGCCAGAGUGCCGUUCACCAACAGCCAGAUACGAGGACAAAGGUUUAGCUGCCAGGAGAAGUUGUUUUUGUUCCUGUUGAAGGAGAGCACGGUGUGGCUUUCCUCUCUCAAUGCUGUGCUGGAUCCACUCAUCUACUUCUUCCUCUGCAAGUCUUUCAGGAGAUCUCUGUUUAACACUCUCAGUAUCUCUCCUGGAUGUUGCAGAGAUGUCAGGACAGACACGAUCAGCACAUGACUGGGUAAUACACAGACAUAAGAGAGAAACUUCAGAAAAGACAGAAUAAUCUCUUAUAAUAUGAUCGUGGCAGUGAGGUUAUAAUGCAGCCCUAUAUGUUUAUUCUGAGAAAGGAUUACAUCAUCAUCUGCGCUUAAACUGACAGAAAUGCUUUGUUACAGCUACACGAAUUAUCUCAUGACACCUGUCAAUAUUUAAUCUCCAAAACUAAAGAAAAAAUGCAUAUAUUAACAUUUUAUUAUUUGUAGCAUCAAUGUUCAUUGUACUGCUUUUAAUAAUGUUAAUUUAGUGAAAGCAAUACAUUCUAAUCAUCAACAACAAAGAGCCAUUAAGAAUCACAUUAAGGUAAAACAUUUGAAUUAUAGUAAUGUGAUAUUUUUUUAUGUGAGAAAAUGUGCUUAAGGGCAGGGUGCAUGAUCUCUGAAAGCCAAUGUUGAUAUUUGAAAUCACCUAAACAAACAAGCCCCUACCCCAAUUGAAUCUGGACCUGCUUUUGAUAGACCUGCCCCACACAUACGCAACCCAGGCAACGAUGUCGGUUAGUAGACACGCCCCUUACUGCUGGUUACAAGUGUGUUUUGGUACUCGGCCGGACUCCCUUUUCCAGAGUGUUUUUUAAAAAUCAUGCA